AUGAUCGCCGGUUCAAAGAUCUACGCUCUCUUCUUGGUAGCUGCCGUGCUUUCAACAAUCUCGGCUCAAGGUGAGAACAAAAUUCAUGACCACCAAGUACUUUCUGCUUCAGCUUCGGCUCUUCCGACGGUCAUGCCAACUGUCUGCACCGCCACAGAAGAACUCGCUCUCCCGUGCGUCUGCUGUAAAAAGGCGUGCUGGUAUGGCAUCACGGAUGUAAGUAUAUGCACCCAGAGCCAAGCGGAUGUGGCUAGAAGGGCAAAGACCAUUGGAGAUUAAAAACUUCCAAUUAUAGCUUUUUCUCUUAUUCAUUAAAGUCAUCAUCACUUUUUUUUAGAUGACAACCUCCUACUUCGGCCACAUGCCCGGUGAACGGACGGAUGCCGAGGCCAAGUUCACGCUGGCCAUGAUGCGUCAGUGCUUCGCGGUCGAGUGCGCCGACGUGUGCCCGCAGUGA